AUGAACGCGGGGCAGAGAAGACGCUCCCGUCCCUCCGUUCACACGCACACAGUCAGAGUCACGGGCGCCAAACGUCCAGCCUGUGGGGGUCACAGGGUGGGAGAGCUGAACGGUUUAAUGAUGACAGGGAGGAGAGAGGAAAUUAAGAGCGAGGAAGGAAGGGACGAAUCGAGAGGAGAGGGCGGUGGUCAUUUACACAUGUCUGAAUCAGCCAAUCAGCUGCAGCCGGUCAAGUUCAGGUAAGAAAAACCUUUAUGGUUUAAAAAGGCAUGAGCGUAGGAACAGAUACAAACUGUUCGGAUUAAAGUUAAACACAAUCAUUAGUCUGUUGAAGAAGUAUUAAUCAUCAUAUUAGGCCUGAAAUACUCGUUAUAAGUCGUGUGUGACCUCGACGACCUGGAUGACAGGUAGAAUCUUAUGGCACUUUCUGGCUUGGCUAGAAAAUGGAGAUGAAGUCGCAUGUCUGCAGCUGGAUAACGCACAACAAGCCGAGGUGUUUGGACGUCGACAUGCAGGAUGGACUAGAGGCUGGUGGUGCUAGCUCUGCUACUGUUAGCUACACUCAAAAUCCAAACAUUCGGCCAUGUGCUCACGGACUCAGUCAGUACGUUUACAUGAUACUCCAGAAAAACGAAUCAUUGCCUUACUCCGAUUAAGACCGGAUGUAAACAAGUAAACACCUUAGUCUGACUAUAAUCGGAGUCGGAGAACUCCGAUUAAGACACCCAGAUAAUGUGAUUGGAAUUCGAUUUUCUCUUCCAUGUAACAAAUUCACCAGAGAAGAGGAGUAGCGUGCCUCUCAUCCUCAGAAAAAAUAGCGCAUACAUCAUGUACGACAAAAACAACGAUGUACGAUGCUCCAUCAGCAGCAGUUGUAGACACUUCUGAUGUCUGACACGGACCUGCUGUUGUUGUUGACGGUUGUACGGGGUCGGAAACGGCGCCGCUGAAAAGACCCAUAUCACCCCCUAGUUUUGGGGAGGAGGACACGUUCACGUCAAUAAUUCAAUUUUCUCAGCUGCAUGUAAACGAGGACGAGGAGAGAAGUCUGAUUCUGUGAAAAAACUGAAUCAUGAGCUUAGUCCGAUUAAACUGUGCUUGUAAACAUACCGAGUGACGGCUGUGUCUCCCUGUGGUCGCCUCCUCACUCUAGUUUCAGGCGUUAAACAUCAUCAGUACUGUUCCUGAUGUUCUUGUUUGUUUUCCUUUAUCAUGCAAAUGCUGCAGAACAAAUUUUGGUCUCUCUCUUGAACUUCUUGUAAAAAGUUUUCUUGCUAAAAUGCUCAAAUUUCUGAGAUUUGUUUAAAUGGCUUAGGAUUAUUGUUUCAGGAUAUCCCUGUGCUUUUUUUUCUUUGUGCAUGUAAUUUUCAUAAAACCAAAUCUCUAAAUAUGAAAUUUUAAUGACUCAUAGUGAAUGGGCGAUUACAAAAAUUAAAAAUCAACACAAACAGAAUUUACAUAAUCACCCCUUCACUAUACAUUUCUGCAUCUGUAAAGCCUGGAGAGCAGAUUUUCUAUGAACCAGCUUUGGUUUUACAUGUUAAAUAUGUUGUUAGCGUGUUUGAGUUUGUAGUUUUUGAACAGACACUUUCAGCUUUAAUGAGGAACAUGUAUUAAUAAUGGAAAUAUCAACUGUUUCCUCAAGAAAGACAAGCAAUAGAGAAAAAGGAGAAGAGACAUAAAGACUCAACCUUUUCAAAGACAGAAGAGACGCAGAUAAAUACGAGUCACCACAGCCAUGAAUCAGACGUUAAAUACUCCGACAGAUUAAACCCUUACUCGACUCUCUUUAAGACCUCAUUAAUCAGCUAAAAACAAAAACCUCUUUUUAGUAUUCAACCAGAGUUCUGCUUUAUUUGACUGUUUCAUAAUGGCCCCGUUUAAAAAGGCAGAAUCAUUAUGGAUGGAGCUAAAAUGCUCGUUCAGCUUUCAUUAAUGGUGUAUGAGCAGGAAAUGUGGCACUGUGCUGGAAAAUAAUAAUACGAAACAAGGCGAGCUUCUCAUUUAUCUCCCCGGCUGCAUCAAUGAUGGAUUUCAGGACGUGUUUUGCAGCUGAAUGGUUAUCUCCACGGCAUAAUUUAUACCCACGACUAUUCUCAUUAAUGUCAUCAGUUGGAUAAAUGUAUUAUUCGAGCCAACAAUGCCGGAGUUUAGUUCAAGAGACAAAGAGAAUUCAUCAGUUCAUGAGGCUGUAUGUCAACACGCUAACACGCUCACAAUGACUGCGGCUGUGUCGUUGGUUUUGGAGCUCUCUCUGUAAAGGUACAUUUAUCAUUUCACACUUUAGUCGAGUUUCCUUUUACAGCAGGAUGAAGCACCUGCCCACGGCGCCAAAACUACCACCAAACACUCAGCUGACCACGACAGUACUGGGUCUGAUUUACAAGUUUUCAUGGUAUUCAUGUACGUUAUUAUGGACCUGUAUCUCCCUAUCUUAUAGGGCUGGGCAAUAUGGCCUCAAAUCAAUAUCAUGAUAUAUUGAUCAGUUCACCUCAAUAACGAUAAAUGGACGAUAACUACUCCACUAUCUGCUCACCCCCUCCCACAUUAACUUUGUUAACCAUCCUCCAUCUCCUCACCUGUCUUUCCCUCCUUGUUACGGACUGGAUGGGGCGGAGUCACGUCUCUGAUGUAGGACAGCGUCUUAAAGGGACAUGAGACCAUAGCCUACCUACACACACCCAGAACCAACUUUGAUUUAUUUAUUUUUUUGACACUGAAUAUACCGAUGUGGGCAAAAGGAUGUUGGUAAUGGUCGUACAUUUCAGUAUCUGUAAAUUUUCGGUUUAUCGCCCAGCCUUACAAUCGUCUCUGUGGACCUUUUACUGUUCUCACUGAACCUCUCUGUAUCCUGGCUAACCUUAAACCCAGCAGGUCUGUCAGAAUCCGGACCACCAUCAGUGAGUUGAUCACGUUUAACUGACUGAUAAAGCAGCAAAGAGCCCAGAGUGGCAUUUCUAGGUGGGCGGGGCUUAAACCUGCUUUUACAGGGUAAGAUGGAUCACAGACAACUUGAGCCUGAUCGUACUGCCUUUGAGGAUCUGGACUAGCAUUUGGAUCUGGAUCAGGGGGAUCCUUUCUGUUGCAGUUAGAGGGCGGACAGACUGUCGGACUCAUGAGGUUUUAAUUUGGGUGACCAGACGUCCACGAUUUCCAGGGACAGUCCCUAUCUUGGAUGAGCUGUCUCUGGCUAAAACAGUCCGUUGAAAUGUCCCUGAUUUAAGUGUUUCAUGAAUGAGAACAAAAAUGUUGCGUGUAUACUAGAACAACGGUUAUUAGGUAAGAAGCACAAAGGCUCUGCUACAGAACAGCGCCAAUCCCUACAGGAUGGGUUUGGUGAGGGAAAUUUCGUGGUGGAUUUUGGAGAGUGGGGAUCAGCGAGAACUCACAAAAACCUGUGGAUUCACGUGCAAUCGUGCGAUAAGUUGUCUCUUUAAAGACAGCCACAUAACCAUAUAAGCAGUAAAUGCGCUGCUACAAAGUAGGACCAAGAUGUUGUCUGUGAUCACGCCGCCUAUGACCCCCACCCUGCUCUGAUCUGGUCAACUUAGUUUUAAUAUAUAAAAAUGACUUUUAACGACCUCUGAUUGGUUCACAUGAUGACAAAUACAACCAAUGCCUCAUUGGCCUACAAAGCUUUCAAUCAUGACUCUGAAAAAAUCUUACCCAUGAAUACUGUCAUUCUGCACUCAGCCACCAGGGGGCGCUCUAAAUGUUUCAGCUUCACUUUCAGGGGUCUUUUUGGUCUUUGUCGUACACCUAUCCCAUACAACAUGCUGCAGUAACCAACUAUGUAGAAAAAUAGUCUGACUCGUCACUUGAUGGUCCGUUUUCGUUAUUAGGUCGUGAAGAUUCGUCAGCUUUAAUUCCAGUCUGUUUACCAACAUGCUGAAAACUCCUGACUGGAGCUUUAACCCAGAGUGAGUCUCAGCUGUGCAUCAUUCAGCUCCGAUCUGAGUCAUGAGGAAGGAAAUGUCAUGGAGGCAGACCUCAUCAGAUUGUUGUUGUCAGGGAGCCUGUUAAUACAUGAGAUUUGCACACAAAGGCCACCCUCUGUAGGUAAUGAACACGAUUACCUCCCGGCGUCGCCCGCUCCGCUCAUGGAUCUACACUUUCCAGGUCAGCAGGAGACGGCUGCAGUGAUUGGCUUUUUCCCCGCUGUGUAACGACGACAUGGCGAGGAGGGAGGGGGGGACUUAAUCCCCGGGAGGGAAAUGAAGGAAAGGGAGACAGAGGAGGGGAGGAAGUCUCGGUGGAACAACGAAUGCCAUGUGGGCCUCGGGUUAUGUAUGACUUCUUGUUGUAAUGGCUGUAAUGAAGCAGGGAGCUGGUGUCGUACGGUGCGGCGUGGACCCGAGAGCCGCCGCAAAUGAGCCCUGAGAUCCGGGAGAUAGAGAGGAUGGUGUGUGAUUGGGAGCAAGAGGAGGAGGAGGAAGAGAAGGAGGGAGGGAGGGUUGAUGGAUAUUUUGGGUCGAGGAGCAGAGAGCAGGAAAGGGAUGAGAGGGAGGAGAAGCUUAGUGUGAGCUGA